CCCGCGCUGGAGCCCAGGCCAGCUUUGGGGUUGCCCUCGGACGAGUCUCGGUGACUGAGUCUCACCUUCCGGCGAAGGCGGCGGCGACGUCUAUUUCGUUGAAAAGCGACUCAGCGUCCAGGGCUCUCCUAGAGGGAACCCCCGCCCCCACCACCACCAUGCCCAACUUCUCCGGCAACUGGAAGAUCAUCCGAUCGGAAAACUUCGAGGAUUUGCUCAAAGCGCUGGGGGUGAACGUGAUGCUGAGGAAGAUCGCGGUGGCCGCGGCAUCCAAGCCAGCAGUGGAGAUCAAACAGGACGGCGACACUUUCUACAUCAAAACCUCCACCACCGUGCGCACCACGGAGAUCAACUUCAAGAUCGGGGAGGAGUUUGAGGAGCAGACUGUGGACGGGAGACCCUGUAAGAGCCUGGUAAAGUGGGAGACAGAGAACAAGAUGGUCUGUGAGCAGAGACUUCUGAAGGGGGAGGGCCCCAAGACCUCCUGGACCAGAGAACUGACCAAUGACGGAGAGCUGAUCCUGACCAUGACAGCGGAUGAUGUGGUGUGCACCAGGGUCUACGUUCGAGAGUGAGCGGCCCAGACCCGCCCUCCCCCAAGCCACCCCUGCUUCCCGGCCCCCCCUCGGGCACUGCCUGCCCCCAUGCUCUCCUAGGCUAGCUGUCCCUCACCCAGGUCACCUGAGGUGGCUGGGAUGCCUGUUGCAGGGUCUUGCUUUCUUGGACCCCUUGACCCCUCCCUUAUGCCAACAAAGAGGGAGGGGUUGCCAGAGCCCAGGCCGCCCCUCCCGGACCCACCGCCCCUCCCCAGACCUGCAGUCCCAGCCCCCACCCACUCCCCAGCCGUUUAUUUUCCUAUGAGGGGACCUGAGGGUCUAAGUGGCAAGGCCUGGCCCUCUGGCGUCCACUCUUUGUUCCUGUAGCCAGUAGGGUUUAGAAUAUUUAUUUGUUAAUUUUAUUAAAAGCUUUAAAAAAAUAA